AUGGCGACCCAGCAAGCCCAAGAGCCCUAUCGUGGCUACAAUGACGAGAGCCGAGCCCAUUGGGUGUUGAUUCCCACGAUUCUUUUUACCAUUCUCUGCCCUCUUCUCCUCGCCAUCCGAAUCCACGCCCGCAGAGCGACCACGAUGUUGGACCGUGGUGAUUGGAUCAGUGCCACAGCUUUGCUUGCUGACCUUUUUUUCACGUUACAGUUCUUCAACAUAGCUACCAAUGUCAUGUUCUUUGCCAUGGUCAGCCACGGUUUUGGCAAGCAUUCCGAUGUUAUCCCCAAGCACGAUCUCUUUUCGGCCCUUCAGAUCUGGUUCUUUGGUCAAAUCACCCACAAGAUUGCUCUCCAUCUCACCAAGGUCUCGCUCCUCUUGCUCUACGUCCGGAUCUUUAGUCACGUCCGAGCGUUUAAGUUAACAGCAAUGGGCCUGAUUUACUUUAUCCUCCUUUACAUGACCUCUUCGAGCAUCGUGGGAAUUUGCCAAUGCAUCCCCAUCGCCUCAGCCUGGGAUCUCGACAUCCAUGGAAAGUGUCUGAACCUUUACAUCAUCUGGAACAUGAACGCCAUCGUCUCUCUGGUCACCGAUCUCAUCAUCUUGGUCCUCCCGUUCCCUCUCGUCAUUAGAUUGAACAUCCCCCUGAGCCAGAAGCUUGCGUUGAUGCCAGUGUUUGGAUUGGGUGUGUUUAUUGUGGUGGCAUCGGCUCUCCGAGUCCAGUCGCUCCUAGUGAGCCAUGUGACGGACAGGACAUACGACAUCAUUGGAACGUUGUGGACGAUCAUCGAGUAUAAUCUCGCGUUUGUUUGCUUGUGCUUGCCUUCGGUGAGGGUGCUGUUGGUGAGAACCUGGCCAACAAUAUUCAAAAGCUCUGUUGGAAGAAGCCAGACCAGUGGUGCCACGGCUGGGCACAGAUAUGCGAGGGCCGGUGGGGGGGCCACAACCUGGCCCGUUAAGAUCGAGCUGGACGACCGCCCCUGGUCACGUGUGGGGGGUGAUGCUGGGCUGGAUGGGUCGGAUAGUACCGACGAGAUCCUCGGGUCUGGCGAGGGGGUUGAGGCUGGUGUUGAGCCAGCAGGGAUCACCAGGACGGUGGAGUUCGGGGUUGAGUUCGCGCCUGUGAGCGCUCCAGCUCGUGCGGCGACGCGCGAGAGCCGGGCCGGCGAGUCCAAGACCUGA